AUGGACUCAAUAUUCGAGGUGCAGCGCCAGACGCACGAGGAGGUCGAGAGAUACGAGCGCGCUCUUUAUACGCUGCUCUCCAGGAACCAGCCGACGCACGAGGGGAAGCUGCAGACCGAGCACAAGGCUUCGCAAAUAUUGGACCGCAUAUCAUCCAAGGCGACGACGUUGAACACAUUAUAUCAGGACAAGGACACGAUCAAGGCAGAGGCUGACCGCAUCUCUGCUGCGUCAAGACCGGACGACCUCACCGAAUUCUAUUCGCGGUUGGUCAAGAUCCAGGAGUACCACGCCAAGUACCCUGAUUCUGCUCCAGGUGGUCUUGACCUGGAAAUCGCGGCAUUCCUCGACGAGCCGGGUCAAGAAGACGAGGAAUACGAGGAGGAAGAUCCCAUCUCAUUGCUCUUCUCUGGCGAGGAAUCCUAUGGCAAAUACGUCGAUCUGUACGCGCACCAUGUCGCCUACACCAACCUCAAAAACAUAGGGAAGCGUCCCGGCUACCUCCAGUACCUCGACAUACUUCUUGCGGCACCGAACGGUCUCAUACAUCAGAACAUACCGAAGGAGACGCGUCUAUCAAAGGAUUACGAAACUUACAUCAAAGACCUCUACUCCUACUUGGUAUCAUUUGUGCAGCGAACACAACCUCUACGCGACCUCGACACCCAAUUGCGCACUGCGCAAGAGGAGUUCGACAAGCAAUGGGAAGAGGGCGGUUUCGCUGAGUGGAGGGAAGAGCCUAAGAACGUUGCCAAUGGGGAUGGUAUUUGGUGUGCAGCAUGCCAGAAGAUGUACUCCAAGCAAACCGUCUACGACGCGCACCUCACCUCUAAGAAGCACAUCAAAGCCGCUGCAAAGCUUGCCUCCGGCGACGCCCCCUCCUCCGAACCCAACAGCAAGCCCAACGGCGACGCCGCCAAGUCGCAUCACUCCUCCGGCGCCACCCAGCGCCAGCGGUCCUGCGCGCAGCACACCUACCUCACGACGGACCUUCUCAAGACCCUCCUCCCCGUACUUGAGGACACGAAGUCGAACGUGGAGCGCCGGUUCUCGCUUACGGCGAACGAGCGCGAGCAGGAAUUGCUGGAGCAGCAGCAGCGGAAGCGCGCGCCGCCGCCGCCUGUGGCGAAUGCGGGGAAGAAGGGCGAGGACGAUGAGGAGGGCGGGGAGGAAGAGGAGGAGGAGAGGAUAUAUAACCCGUUGAAGCUGCCGCUCGGGUGGGAUGGGAAGCCGAUUCCGUAUUGGUUAUACAAGUUGCAUGGGUUGGGGGUGGAAUAUCGGUGCGAGAUUUGCUCGGACCAGGUGUACUAUGGGAGGAAAAACUUCGACCGUCACUUCCAAGAGUCGCGGCACGCCUUCGGUAUGCGCGCUUUGGGCUUGCCCAAUACGAAGCACUUCCAUGAGAUCACUCGCAUCGAGGAUGCGCUCUCGCUCGCCGAAAAGCUCAAGGCCGAGGGGCGGCAUGAGAUCUUCGAGCAGGAGACCAUGGAGGAGCUCGAGGACGACGAAGGUAACGUCUACAACCGCAAGACGUACGAGGACUUGAAGAAGCAGGGUCUCAUCUGA